AGGUGCCUCAGUGAAGACUAGACCCCCAAAGGACGCUUGUGCUGCGUACGCCAGUCAGAUAAGACUGCUGUCUUACUGCUGUUACCCCUCUGUGUAACUACGAGCGUUCGCACCACACCCUCCUCACAGCUUACUUCUGUGUCCUACUAAACUUGCAGCUAGAGCUGUAGACGUUUUAAAGUCAACUAGUCGUAGUCUCCACUCUGUAUCAUCUCCAUCUCUAAUGGAUCGUAGAAGAAAAGCUCAUCUUAAUCUUCAUAUUCCAAAAUAAUGUCUCAAAUGCUCUGGUCCCAUUGUAGCAGUGAUAGAAUAGCCUUCAUUUAAUCUAAACUUAAAAAAAAAAAUCAUGGGUUGAUGGCAAUCACAUGAGCACAACAUAUGGACCUGUCUCCCUCCUGGAGCGUGUGCAAAUUACUGUCCCGCCCCUCCCCCCAGUCGCAAUUUGGAUUGGAUGAAAGCGUCCAAUUCGAUUGCUGUGUACCAAUUUUGGAGAGUGUUAAAUUGUGAAAAGAACACAUUUCAUGGAUCUUUUGUAAACCAUGAUGCAUUCAUUAAAAAAACAAGAGCAUGUUUGCUUAUUUCUUUAUUUAGCAAGAAAGCAGCAGGGUGCAGAACAUGGGUGCAGGUGUUUGGGAGUAGGUGAAAGAUGCAGGUCCCUCUGUUGUGUCCCAGUGAUGUACUGUAUAUGAAUCACAUACAGUAUGAUUCAGAAACACUCUGUCUAACAGCCCCCGUCCCCACAACCCUUUUAACUUCCUCCUUAUCGUUUUAACUUCUGAGGUCAAGGACACCUGUUUCUGUGUUUGGAGGGUUCAGGAAUUCAACACAUUUCAAAGGAAGGACUAGUUACAUUUGUAGGGUUAGGACAAGUGCUUUGAUUCUGUGAAAACCACUGUUGAGUUAAUUAUAACAAUUUGUAUUCAUCUUUAACUGUGGUGCAGGAUCUAAAAAUAACAGGACAUUCAUGUUAUCCGGAGUUAUUUUCAAUAUAAUAUAUACAGAAAUAGCUUUAUUAGAAACAUUAGAGACCUAUUCGACUAUGAUACCAUUUCACAUGAGGUCGUUCCAGUUGAACGCUAAAAUAUAUUCAGUUUCGUUUUGUGCCCAUGUGCAGUGAAAGACAACAUCAGAUAAUUCAUGUUCGCAGCGUAAAGCUUCUUCCAUGAUGAUCAACACAUGGCAAGGUCCCAGCCUUUGUAAUUACUGAGAGCAGGGGGUUGAUCGCACGUCUGACCCAUCUCUUGCUCGUAGUCAUUUUUAGCUGAUGACUCAGUGUACCAUUCCCCACUCGGAUGCAGUACGUGCAAUGCGUUUGUCCCAGAAACAUUCCCAGGAUGCAUAAAGGGUCACCUGAACCUGUUCUUUUAACAUAUUAUCAGAGGUUUACUUUACAAUUAACAUGUAUAUUUGAACUCAGGAUUAAUUCAAAUCUUUAUUAUUGAAUAAAAUAAUUCAUAUUUGGACAGCACUUAGUUGGACAUGCCAAGCACACGUCCAGUCAGUUUACUUUAAACAGCUGACAUAAAGACUUGGUGCAGUUCAUCCCUGCUACACCAUUUCUCCUGGGUUACACUUUAUCACAGUCAGGUGCCUGGUAAUGGUGUAAUGGUAAUAAUGUGUUAGAGUGGCGCCCUCCUCAGGCGUAUGCCUGUCAUAUCACUGGGAUAUCCUACGUCUCUCCCAGUAGCACUCCUGUAGCACACGCAGUCACGCAGUUGUCUUCACUGUUGAUGCUGUUCGUAAAUGUUGAAUUCUGACUGAAAGGUGCUGUCUUAUUAUCCUGUCUAAGAACCAAAGGGAUUAGCCUUCCCUGUUGUCAGUGCACAGUCAUUUAAAAAAGGUGAUAGUGAAGGCACGCGUUAACAUUAAACCAUGUAACGCUGUGCUUAAUUAAUUUUUUUUUCAUACAUUAAAUCUAAUCUCUUACGUAAUCUCAUAUGCACUGAUGAAUCAAAAGUACAUGAAAUCAAAUUUAAAAUAAAUCACGUAUAUUUUCUUUAUAUUUCUUAUUUUCUUUAAAUUGUUUAUUUUCUUUAUUGAUGUUAUGAUUGACGGGGUAAUUUUGUAGUAUCUUUCUCUGAUCUUUUAAGCCACUUUUUACAUACGGAGAAAAAACAUGUUUUAUUGUCCAUGUUCAAAUAUCUUGUUAGAGUAGUGUACCCUGUAGCUUAGCAUAGUGUCGUCCUGUCUGUGAAGCGUUCACCACAGGUGAAACGACGGGAAAGCAAAGCAUGAUGUCUUUCCUUUCUCAUGAUUUCCCUGAAGGCUCUGGAAUUGUGUGCUGUCUUUUUUUGAAGGCUAUUUUGUGCUUUAUAUGUUGUUGCAUAUUUUACAGCAUUAGCAUCUUUGGGAUAUUUUGACAACUGCAACAGUUCAGUGACGUUGCAGGGGGCAAGCAAUGCUGAGAAGUUUGACUAUGUCAUGAACUUUUUGAAUAAGAUGGCUGGUAAUGAAUAUGUGGGCUUCAGCAAUGCCACAUUCCAGUCAGAGCGUGAGUCAGGAGAUCGGAAUUUCGCUAUAGGCUACUAUCUGAAGGAGAAGAAGUGUUUUCCUGAAGGGACAGACAUGACCUCCAUUUUGGAUUUCUACUUCCAGCUGUGCUCCAUCGAGGUGACGUGUGAGAGUGCCAGCGUCAUGGCAGCCACCCUGGCCAAUGGGGGAUUCUGCCCAAUCACGGGGGAGCGCGUUCUGAGCCCCGAGUCCGUGCGGAACACCCUCAGUCUCAUGCACUCCUGCGGCAUGUACGACUUCUCUGGACAGUUCGCUUUCCACGUGGGCCUGCCGGCAAAGUCGGGCGUGGCCGGGGGCAUCCUGCUGGUGGUGCCCAAUGUGAUGGGCAUCAUGUGCUGGUCCCCGCCCCUGGACAAGCUGGGGAACAGCGUGCGAGGCAUCCAGUUCUGCACGGACCUGGUCUCCCUCUUCAACUUCCACAACUACGACAACUUGAGGCACUUUGCCAAGAAACUGGAUCCUCGCCGGGAGGGCGGCGACCAGCGGGUCAAGUCAGUCAUCAACCUCUUGUUUGCUGCCUACACUGGAGAUGUAUCUGCUCUAAGGAGGUUUGCUCUCUCCUCCAUGGAUAUGGAACAGAGGGACUAUGACUCCAGGACUGCUCUUCAUGUUGCAGCCGCAGAAGGACAUGCAGAAGUGGUACGUUUCCUACUGGAGGCCUGCAAGGUCAACCCAGUUCCCAGGGACAGGUGGGGCAAUACUCCGAUGGACGAGGCCGUGCACUUCGGCCACCAUGACGUGGUGACCAUCCUGCAGGACCACCACAACAAGUACAGCCCCCAGGACAGCAGCAGCAACAAGGAGACCGCAGAGAAAAACCUGGAGAGCCUGCUGUAGAAUUCAUCGUGGAGAAAAAAAGAACACCUUUGCUGGUAAUCAGUCAGACUGCGUCACAGUUCCUGUCUUCCUACGGUGAUGUUGACUUUGUACGAUAGUGUUGUUUCUUUGGAGACCAAAAAAAAAAACCUACACUUUUAAAGUUCUUUUCAGUUCCUUGACCUUUGGUUUCUCUGGUGUCCUAAACUGUGCUCUCUUCUUGUGUGGCGUUGGAGUAAAUUCUCUUUGUUGCACUGUGUAGAAUAUGGAACUUCUGCAACAAGUGUUCAAUUUCUUUAUUUUCUUCUGAAUGUGUAAUUCUGUAUUAAAUUAUUAUAAUAUAUAUAUUAUACGCACAAUGGUUACCAAAAGUCUGACGACACUACCAAGAACUGAUUGUUUUCAUUAUUUACCAAGGAACAGUGCAAUUAUGAUACUAUAAUUACAGUUCUUUUUCGAGAAUACAUUAUUGAGAACAAGGGAAGUUUGAACACAGUCAUGAACACAAUCAAAUAUCUGUUGUAGCAGUUGAAUAAAAUGAAAUGAAAAGAAAAAUGAGAUGAAAAAAUGAAGAAAUGAAUUAAAUGAAAUUGGGAUGAAACUGAAGAUGAGGUGUUGCGUUAGCUGGUGGGACACACCAAUUACUAACACACCUGCACUUUCUUUGAAGUAUAUUUUAAAAAUGUACUCAUGAAUAAGAAGUAUAAUGGAGUAGCAUAAUUGUAUUAUCAGUUCUUGGAAGUGUCCUCAAACUUUUGGUCCCCACUGUAUGUGUGUGUAUAUAUAUAUAUAUAUAGUGUGUGUGUGGAAAUAGCUGCUUAUAAAAUGCUUGAAGGGUGUGCUUUAAAAAUAACUUGUCCAAAUGACUAUUUGUUCAGAGGCUGAAAUUAUGUGACGUGACCAUCUUAGCAUUUUGUUACUGGUCUCAAGUUAAUCUUUGUUCUCCAGUUUUCUCCUUAUCAUCAUUUCAAAGGACUGCGCAAUGUUACUCUGCUGCAAAUGUGUGGGAAGUGCAUGCAACUGGCUGGACAGCUAUUUAUUCUAAUCGCUGCGACGCCGGGAGAUGCAGGUACAAACUGGCACAAGCUUGGUGGUAACUAGGCCAGUGUUCCCUCCUUCUUUUAAAUGAUCUGGUUCCUGGAACACAUUCGUGAAGGCUUGACCUUACCCCCUAAAACCUAAAUCUGUUACAGAACAGACCAACUUAUUUCCCCCAUAUUAUAACUAAGCUGGAGCCCUUAAAUGUCAUUAGUGAUGUUUACAGUAGAGACAUCCAUUGUCCAAUGAUGGCUGGAGCACUUCGUCAUUGGGAAAAGCACAUUGAUUGUUACUGUACAGAAGAUGUGAACACGCACAUACUUAACAUGAUGCAUGCCUGUAAAUUCUGCACCUUCCCUCAGUGAAUGUUGUGUGCGUGUGUGUGCGAGUGUGUGUGCACGCGUGUAUGUGCAUGCGAGUGUGUGUAGGUGUCUACAUCUAUGAAAGUAUAAGUCAUGAGAGCUUUGUUGUACAGUGGGAUAACGUCAAAUUGAAAAUAAAAUGGAAAAGAGCCUGUCUGUGUUUGGCAGAGUUACGGAUCAGCUCACAUAAACUGCUGUGUAUAAUUCUGAGCAGCAACAGCCACACUGUCCAGGGGGUGGACUCCUGUACUUUUUGCUGGGAGUAGGUUCAGAUCUGUUCCAUGUGCUGGGAGUAGGUUCAGAUCAGUACCUUGUGCUGGGAGUAGGUUCAGAUCAGUACCUUGUGCUGGGAGUAGGUUCAGAUCUGUUCCAUGUGCUGGGAGUAGGUUCAGAUCAGUACCUUGUGCUGGGAGUAGGUUCAGAUCUGUACCUCGUGCUGGGAGUAGGUUCAGAUCUGUACCUUGUGCUGGGAGUAGGUUCAGAGCUGUACCUCGUGCUGGGAGUAGGUUCAGAUCUGUUCCAUGUGCUGGGAGUAGGUUCAGAUCAGUACCUUGUGCUGGGAGUAGGUUCAGAUGUGUACCAUGUGCUGGGAGUAGGUUCAGAUGUGUACCAUGUGCUGGGAGUAGGUUCAGAUCAGUACCAUGUGCUGGAAGGUGCAGAUUUUUCACAGCGCUGAAUGUAUUCCUUUUAUGUUUUUUUUUUCUCAGUUAUACUGAGAUAGUUACAAGUGUGCAUUAGUGCAGGUAAUGGAAAUAUUUAUAUUUGUGAACAAUGUCAAAUAAAGCAAUGCUUUCACGACA